AUGGGUUUUCCUGAUCAGUUCAUUGAAUGGAUUUAUGUACUUUUUUCUUUAGCUAAAUUUUCGAUGCUGGUUAACAAUUCACCUUAUGGAUAUUUCCCUACUAGUGGGAGCCUUAGGCAAGGUUGUCCCCUAUCACCCUACCUCUUUGUUAUUGUUAUGGAAGUUUUGAGUAUUUCUUUGAAACUUCAAGUUGAUGUUGGUAGUUAUGGUCUUCAUCCUAGACGUAGGUUGACAAAUUUGACACACCUUUGCUUCGCCAAUGAUAUUCUUGUUUUUUUCAAAGGUUCGCUUGCUGCUGCUGAUUCAGUUAAACAUGCUAUAGCUAUGCUUAGUAAGAUUUCUGGCCUUGAAAUGAAUAAGCAGAAGACAACUUUUUUCUCUUCUUCGGUUGAUAGUGGGACUCUAUCUCAGAUCUUGUUAUGUUUGGACUGUAGUAGUAGUGCUUUACCUGUUCGCUAUUGUGGUGUACCUUUAUUAUCUACUAGACUUUCUUAUCAAGAUUGCUUACCCCUAAUAUCUAAGAUCGUUAAAAGGUCUAUCAAAGAACUGAAUUUUAUCUGUAAGAAAUUCUUGUGGGCUGGUGUAUAUAUGGGAAUCAAGUAUCAUCCUAUAGGUUGGGAUUUAGUUUGUAGACCUUUACAAGAAUGUGGCUUGGCAGUGAAGAAUAUUGAAAUUACUAAUACUGCUGCUAACCUUAGGCAUGUGUCGGAUUUGGUCAUUGAAAAGGAAAAUAUUUGGAAUGAUUGGGUUCAUAAGAACCUUAUUAUAAAUAGAGACUUUUGGAACAUUAAUAUUCCACAGGAUUUAUCGUGGUGUUGGCAUCAAAUCUUGGACCAGAGAGAGGUUGCUAAAAAUCUUAUCUUUCAUGUACUUGGUACUGGUAGUAGUGUUAAGUUUACCUCUGACUUAUGGCAUCCUUGUGGUCAUAUAUAUGAAUGGGUGAAUAAUUCUAUAUUGGAAUACAUUUUUCCCAACUCUAAUUGCACGGUGGAUCAUUUUAUUGAGAAUGCUCAAUGGAGUUUUUCUCAGUCCCAUUUUGUGGAGGUGCAAAAUGUGAUAUCUAAAUUACAGAUAGUUGAGUUCAACAUGGGUGAAAAAGAUAUUGUGGUUUGGAAGCCUAGAUAUAUUGGGAGCAUACUAUGA